AUGGCUCUGGGGAUCCUGGAACCAGGCGUCGAACACGUCCCCGGCACAGUCUACGUCUACGAGUCAGAGCAACGACAUGCAGACCUGUUGGAGACUGCUCGACACUUGAAGAGAGACAAAACAGGGCGCGUUAUCCUGGUUCCUCAGCCCUCGAACGACCCAAACGACCCAUUGAAUUGGCCUCUUUGGCAUCGCGACCUCAUCCUUGGGAUCCUUUGUUUCGUGUCCUGCCUUGCCACCACCGCCUCCCCUUUGCUGGCCGCAGACUCGGUGACGAUCGCGCUCAUAUUCAAGAGGACCUUUCAAGAUGCUGCGUUGCUCACGGCCUACCAUCUGGUCGGAGUUGGUGUCGCUGGAUGGCUGUUUGUCGCAUCCGCUAGAGUAUGGGGCAAGAGACAUCUCUUCUUACUGGGCGCUCUCCUGAUGGUUGCGACAUCCGCAUGGGGUGGUUCUACACAUACAAACCAUAACUAUGCCAGCCUCUUGUGGAGUCGCGUCUUCCAAGGAGUUGCAUUGGCACCCUUUGAAGCUCUUGUCAACGCUUGUGUGGGAGAUCUCUACUUUGUUCACGAGCGUGGUGUACGCAUGGCCAUUACAAACACUUGUCUCUUCGGGGGAGCAUUCUUGACGCCGGUCUUUGUCGGAAUGAUCUCUGCGCAUAUCGGCUGGGAGUGGAGUUUCUACUUACUUGCUAUUUUCAUGGCCCUCGGUUUCGUGCUACUGUUCUUCUUUGUGCCUGAGACGGCAUAUCGACGAGCACAUGCGCUUGACCUUGAUUUGCUGGCUGAGGACUCGUCAACAGAAACUCUUCCGCCUUCCCGGAAUGCCACCGCGCCAGAAUCCGGAGAGAAACCCCUGCACUCAAUGUCAGUCACAGAAAGCCCCGGCAGAAAAGUAUCCUACGUCCAGACGCUGAUGCCGUUCAACGGACGGAAAACCGAUGAAUCGUUCUUCAGACUCCUGAUUAGGCCGUUUCCGCUGUUUUUUCACCCAGCUGUUGCAUGGGCAUGCCUCAUCCAGGGCGUCAUCAUCGGCUGGACAGUCAUGGUGGGCGUUAUCCUAUCACUCAUCUUCCUAGGACCACCGCUUUUCUUCAACGAAGAACGCGCCGGCAAGAUGUACACGGGCGCAUUUGUUGGGAGCAUGAUCGGCCUGCUACUUGCCGGGUUGUACAGCGAACUGGUCACGAAUUUCAUGAUCCGUCUGAACAAGGGAAAGUAUGAACCCGAGUUCCGCAUCUUACUGGUCGUCCCCACGCUGGUAUUUUCUGCCAUAGGACUCUACGGCUUUGGCAUCACGGCGAAUGAAGUGGCCAAGUAUGGCUGGAUUGUACCCGUGGUUUUCCUCGCCUUCAUCAUCAUCAGCAUGGUGAUGGGUGCAAUUGCCUCUGCCCAGUAUCUUCUCGAUGCGCAUCGGGAGCUCGCUGUGGAAGCAUUCACCGAUCUCCUCAUCUUCAAAAACAUCUUCUCGUUUGUCCUGGCUUACAAUGCGUACAACUGGGUUUUUGCGAUCCGGAUCAACAAUUUAUUCAUCAUUUUCGCCAGUAUCGAAGUGGCGCUGUGUCUGCUCAGUGUGCCAAUGUAUGUGUUUGGCAAGAAGAAUCGGGAUUUUUUCCAUCGGCACGACAUUCUAAAGCUGACCAAACUACGAUGA